UCUAUAACAAUAUUCGAUUUAGUGCGAAGUGCUCCCUAGAUGGAGGGAUUUCCUACUACAGAACAGAACAGGAUGGCGACUCAAAAUGACCAGAUCGGUACAAGUUAUAAAUCUACCGCAACAAAAAGGCAUAAUGUAGAUUUAGGGGAUGACAACGUGCAGAACAAGUUUCCGUUUGGAUGGAUGGCAUCAUACAGCCAGAGAGCUUUGUGUGCAAGAUUAUUGAUUCCUGGUGAAGAGAAGAAACACAGCAUUUCAAUACCAAAAAUCUUACGAGUUAAAUUUAUAACUUGUGAUGAAAAGUCCUAUCAGGCUCCAGGGUACCCUUGGCUAGGUCCUGCAACACCACCAAUGACAAUUGAUCACUUCAAUAGAUUUUUGAGUUUGAAUAUAGAAACAUUUGACCAUUCUAAUAUAAAAAGUGAUAACUGGAAUGGUAUCUUAAAAUUGAUAGAGAUAUCUAAGUAUCACUAUGAAUGCUUAGGUAAAGUGGACCGAUGGAUAACUAAACCAACUUUAAGUGAGGAAGAACUAGACGAGGAAAUCGACAAGGCUUCAGUAGAACAAGGUCGUUAUGUAGCAUCAUUUGGAGCUGCCUUGAAAGGUGAUAUGAAAAAUGGACUAGGUAAACUAUGGAUGACACAUUUGAUUGAUUAUCUUCUCCAUAUUAUUGAUAAUGUAAAAGUCUCGGAGGUGCUAUGUUGUCCACCCUCUAACAGUUGCAAUCCAGAAGUUGAACUUAUUUAUGGAGAUGAAGAUGAACAUAUUACCAAAAUGCAGUACACUGCGGCACAUUCAAGUACCCCUGUAGGUACAUUUAAUCUUGUGUCCUUACAUGAAAGAAUUUCUCCAAACCCAUAUUCAGAAGAGUCAUCUGUAACAUCUGAGGGCAGUUGUUCUAACGUUAAAAAAGGAACAGCUGUUCCAGAAUUUUGUGCAGCACUUAAAAAUUUCCCGGGUGUUUUCCCAUUAGUGGUGGAAUUGAAACCAGCAAGACAGGAAACUCAAGGAAUUUUUCCAAAUGUACAACAGAUGUUGUCAAAGCUUUUCUUUCAAGAUGUUGUAUUUGGUAUGGUUAUUUCACCAAGAUCAUUUCAAAUGUCUGUCAUUUUAAAGAAGGAGGGAAGUCUACGAUUUGCAAGUACAAACUCUGUUUCCUUGAUGAACCCAUUGAAAGAUAACGAGCUCGAUAUAACAAAUUUGAAUUUGAUGCACACUUUCGUGUAUCAAGUAUUAAAGUGGUCAACAGAAACCCAGUGUUCUUUGCAGAAAGAGAAAGAUGAUUAAGAGGCUUUAUCAGGAAUCUCAAGAAGGCUAUGUUCUCCUGCUUUGUGAAAAAUUCCUUAAGUCAAGUCAUUAUUGCAAAAAAACAAGAGCCUGCAUGGCCUGACAUAAAAAUAACUGCAACAGAAGAAAUAAUAUGUUUUUGUGUCAGGAUAUAUUCACCAGGAAAAAAUCCCAAUUAAAUGGAUGCAGGCAGAUAAAAUUUUAACCAAAAGAAAUUUCAUGUGGGAGUUUUUUUGAAUAAAGAAGAUAACACUGUAAAAACUACUUGAUAUUUGGCAGUAAGCAAAACAAAACAAUAAUCACCGUUUUUCCUGUAGAAAAUACAUUGAAAUGUGUUGUCAAAAUAUAUGUUCAGCAUAAUUAUAGAGCAUGAAGAGUUAAAGCUAUAAUUUUAACAGAGUUUUGAUCUUUUUAUUAAAGUAAUGAAUCAGA